GCCGUGCCCCUGAGGGGCCGCUCGCCCCCCGCCGCAGCCCCCAACGCCCCCGGCGCAGCCAGAAGGCGGUGAUGGAGCAAGCUUCCCCAAAAUCAGCUAUUGCACAAAAUGGAUCACAUGAGUUUCUCUGAGAAGCCCACAAAGCCCUGCUGUCAGCUCCAGAUAUGGUAUAAAUCACAGAGACGUCCCAACAGGUAUAAAUUCUUCAACUGACCAAGCUGCAGCAACAGGGAAACUUCUCAGCCUGGCAGGAGCAGAGAUUUGGAUCCCAGGCAGCAAAACAGCUCUGACCCUCAGGCAGAGCCUUGGCUGAGCCAUGACCGAGGAGCCCGGGCAGAAGGACAGCGAGCUCGGACACCUCCCCUGCAGCAUGGGCUGCGGGCACAAGGACGACAAAGCCGGCCUGGCUUUGAGCCAGAGUGCGUCCUUCAGCCACCAGCCGCCCUCCACUCCUGCCUCCAAGGAAGUGUGGAAGAAGGGUGGCCGCAUGUUCUCCAUCCUGCUGGCCGUGCACCUGGCCCUGCUGGCCUGCACGCUGGUGAGCAGCGGCGCUUUCGAGAAGAUCGCCGUGCACGACUACGACGUCUUCUUCCUGCUGACAGUCAUGAUGCUGAUUGUCAUCAUCUGGAUCAUCUUCUACCUCGCCGGCACCUCCCGGUGCCCCGGUGCCAUCCUGGGCAAGGACUCCCAUGCCGGGCCCAUCUGGCUGAGAGGAGGCCUGAUCCUAUUUGCCAUUUUCAGCCUUGUCAUGGAUGUGUUCAAAAUAGGAUAUUACUCGAGCUUCUACAGCUGCCUGUCUGCAAUCAAAAUCAUCUACCCCAUUGUGCAGGCAAUAUUUGUGGUGGUGCAGACAUAUUUCCUGUGGGUCUCUGCCAAAGACUGCAUCCACGUGCACCUGAACGUUACCAGAUGUGGCUUGAUGCUGACGCUGACUACAAACCUGGCUGUGUGGAUGUCAGCAGUGACAGAUGAGUCUGUCCACAAGGCACAUUCAAAGCUGAAGAAAAACAUGACAGAGGAAAUCUUCAGGUGGCUCCUGAAAGUGGGAAUGAGAAGCAGCUCAGUUGAAGAAUGCAAUUGCAACAGCCAAAUCUGCCAGAUCUUCAAAAAUGGCUACUUUUGGCUGUACCCUUUUAACAUUGAGUACAGUCUCUUUGCCUCUGCCAUGGUCUAUGUCAUGUGGAAGAACGUUGGACGCUUCAUAGACCACCACUCCCACCACAUUCAGCGCCUGAAGUUCAGGCUCUUCCGAAGGACCUUCUUUGUAGGCAUCAUGUUGGGCCUCAUCAUCCUCGUGAGUGGUUUGGGAGUCCUCAUCCUGUACGAGGUGCAGGUAAAUUCCAGCACUGAAUCCAGCAAGAAGAGCCAAGCACUCACCAUGUACUACAUCUUCAACAUUGUUUGUCUGAGCCUGAUGUCUCUUGUCUGCAUCGGCGGCUCCGUCAUCUACCGGUUUGACAAGAGGGACAUGGACCGGCACAAGAACCCCACCAGGACCCUGGACGUGGCCCUGCUCAUGGGGGCAGCCUUGGGGCAAUAUGCCAUUUCCUACUACUCCAUUGUGGCCAUCGUGGCCAGCACGCCAAGGGACACUAUCAGCGCACUCAACCUCACCUACGCCCUCCUCAUGAUCGCCCAGCACACCUUCCAGAACGUCUUCAUCAUCGAGGGCCUCCACCGGCAGCCCCCCAAGGAGGACUGCAAGCACGAGUCUCACCAGAAGGACCUCUACGGGCUCACCUUUGUGAACAUCAACGCCGUGUCCCUGCGGGUGCCCGACACUGGCACCACCUUGGCUGCCAGCGCAGCAGCUGGCACGGAAGCCAUGCACGCUUCUGACCUCAUCAGGUCCCUCACUGCCCCCAAGAAGAUGAACUGGAGGAGGAAGUUCUUGAGGGAGAUCUCCAUGUUCCUGCUGCUGAGCAAUAUCAUACUCUGGAUCAUGCCAGCGUUCGGUGCCCGGCCCCAGUUUGACAAUGACACAGAACUGAACUUCUAUGGCGAUUCCAUGUGGCCGGCCAUCGUGGACAUUUGCCUGCCCUUUGGCAUCUUCUACCGAAUGCACGCCGUGGCCAGCCUGCUGGAGGUCUACAUCAUGUCCUAAAGAGCUCCCUCGCAAGGAAGAUGAGAUCCUCCUCAAGCAAUCCACCUUCUUCCUGCCCCAGGGCUGGGAGCUGCCCAGAUGUCCCCAGGGGUCCCCAACACUGCCUGAAUCGUGUCCCCUUGCAGUGUUGGGGCAUUUAUGAACUGUCAGUGAAGAUGAUCCAAACAUAGUCCAGAUUUUAUUUUUGCUACUUGUGUGUGGAUGUGCCUGUGUGUGUCUGAAGUUCUUAAAGCUUAAAAGAGAACAGAUUUUUAAAAAGGAAGUUAUCUAGGGUGGGAUCGUGGUGAUUACCCUUGGUUCACACAGAGACUCACCUUCCUUGUAAAGCCUGUUCACUCCAUGCCACUGAUGGACUCUCCAGAGUGUUCUCAGCACCCUCGGGCAGUCAGAGCCUCCCUGCACAGAGAGCUGGAGAGAGCAAGGGCUGACAAAGGCCUGGAAGGACAGAAAGGGAAACCACUUCACCUCCUCGUAUGGCCAGUCGGAAAUCACUCCCCUGCAGAGAUGUGAAAAACAAACUGGUGACCACCAAAGGCUUUGGGAAACAUUUUAAUCUUUCCUCUCUGUAUUGCCCAUGUGUAUGGGCCCUCUCAACACUUCUCUGUGCCAGCCCGUGCCCUCCUCUCCAGGAAGCUUCCCUGCAGCCUCCUCUUCCCAAGGAGGGAGAGCUGUGCCUGUGGUCCUGGGCUAGCCCUGAUAUGGGAUUGCUCUAGCACACUUUUUUUUCUCAGCUUUCCUGAAUCAGGGCUCAAGAAUCAUAAAGAUGAUGUGGGCAAUACAGU